AUGCUCAAUGGCACUGCAUCUGAAGUGCCCAACAACAGCAGUGCCUUUGCAGGGAACUCUACAACUGGCGGUGUCGUGCCGAGCAUUCUCCAUGGUACCAUGUCUAUGGUAGAGAAUAAGAGCAGUGCCUUUGCAGGGAACACUACAACUGGCGGUGCCGUGCCGAGCAUUCUACAUGGUUCUACGUCUGUGGUCCAGAUGAACAGCAGUGUUGCGGCGUNUGUGGUCCAGAUCAACAGCAGUGUUCCGGCGUGUAACUCCAGAGGUGAUGAUAAUGAUGAGAAAUCCUUAUUUAACACUUCAAUUAUUCAUGGAAAACAUGUGAACCUAUCUGAAAUUCUUUCUGCAAGUCGUGCUGCUGAAUGUAGCACUCUUCAAGGUACAGUUGAAAAUCUGCCCAAAUCAUCUGUUAGUGAUCAGGUUGGCGGAUCUACAGUUAGAGAUGAAAGGGAAGUAUCUUUUGUUGAUCAAUCUGGUGAUAUUGCUCUCUCUGCUCCACCAACACGCAAUGGCCGUGGUUGUAAUCCUCGUCGUGUGUUACCACAGCAGAAACAGGAGGAUGUUGUAACUGGCACUUCGGAUUAUGCUAGAGAGUUGAGGCAACGGGCUCGAACAUGU